AUGUAUCUCACCGAGAAGUUAGGAGACAGGCCCACGGAAGCCAAGGUGUCGCCUUCGCUGCCUAUUGCGAGGCGUCGGUCCCGCGAAGAUGACGUCGAUAUCUCGAGCUCGUCAAUUUCGAUUCCAUCUUCGCCCAAGAAUUACACGAAUAGUGGUUUGAUCGUCACUGCAAAUGACGGACCGCCUAUCGCUACCGAAGAAGAUGUCGUCCGCAACGUACUCCACGCAGAAGAUGACACGACACAUAACGUUUGGACAUUCCGCAUGUUCUUCCUUGGUACCGGCCUCGGAGUCUUCGGCGCUGUUAUGGAAACGAUAUAUUACUUUCGACCCGUCACGAUCGACGUAUCAAACAUAUUCCUCGCCUUGCUAGGUUACGUUUUCGGAGUGGCCAUGGAGCACGUCAUACCGCGGAAGGGCGUCCCGGGUCGCUGGCUGAACCCUCAUCCAUUCACGCAAAAAGAGCAUGCAGCCAUUGUCGUGAUGGCAUCAUCGGCGUCCCAAGUAGCUCUCGCAGUGAACGUCAUUGCGGCCCAGAGGUUAUUUUACAACGAGGAACCCAGUUUCGUUCUGGCAAUCCUCAUUGUUUUCUCGUCCCAAUGCCUUGGGUACGGGUUUGCGGGGCUACUCCGACGUGCUCUGGUCUAUCCGUCCAAGAUGGUGUGGCCUAGCAUUUUGCCGAUGAAUGCGCUUCUGGAAACCUUGCAUCGCAACAAGAACGAGACACGAGACCGACUCAAGUUAUUUUACUGGGUCUUUGCUGCCAUUGCCGUUUGGGAAGUGCUACCCGAGUACAUCAUGCCAAUCUUGACGGGAGUUAGCGUCUUUUGCCUGGCCAAGAGAGACAGCCUCAUCUUUACUUUCAUUUUUGGUGGCUCCAACGGAAAUGAGGGGCUUGGGCUGCUGUCUCUCGGACUCGACUGGCAAUUCAUCACCAGCAAACCUAUGUGGUACCCCCUCGAAACGCUUAUGAACAACCUUGCUGGGUACAUCAUUGGCAUCUGUCUCUUCGUCGGAGUCUAUUUUGGCAACGUAUGGCGAGCCAUGGACUUUCCGUUUCUCUCGCAGCUUCUUUUCUCGAGAUCAUCUAAUACCACGCUUUACGUUCAGUAUAACCAGACUGCCAUACUCGACGAGCAGAAUGUCCUCAAGCCUGAGGAAUUGGCCGAACAAGGCACCCCGUUCUUCACGGGUACAUAUGCCAUGUUCUUAUUGACAAACAAUCUGGCCGCCACUGCCACCAUAUCUCACCUAGUUCUGUGGAACUGGGUCAGCAUCAAAGCUGGUCUCUCAUUAGCGUCGCUCUCGCAACUAUGGAACAGGGUCAUCAACCGGGAAAGAUCAAUCAGCCAUUCUAGUAAGGAGAGCAAAGAGUACCCAGAAAACGAAACCGAUGACCACUACCGCUUGAUGAGAGCAUAUCCGGAGUGUCCAGACUGGUGGUACGCAACAAUUCUCCUCGUCUCUAUUGGCGUCGGGCUGUUGUGUCUCUACUUAGCUCGAUCGACCCUACCUUGGUACGGUUUUCUCGUCAGCAUUCUUCUCUCGGGCCUCUUUACUCUCUUCUUUGGUGCCCAAACUGCUCUUACGGGUUUUCAAGGCAAUUCUCAACCCAUUGUGCAGAUGGUCGGCGGUUACCUUCACCCAGGGCGCCCUUUGGCCAACAUGUACUUCACGCUCUUUGGGUACAACUCGGUAGUACAAGGAAUCAGUCUUGUACAGGACCUCAAGUUUGGUCAAUACGCCAAAGUCCCACCGCGGGCGACGUUUGCGACGCAACUUGUAGGAACCCUCGUGGGCGCCGUGGUCAACUACGUCAUGAUGGAUCAAAUUACAACAAGUCAACGCGGCAUUCUUCUAUCGGUGCAGGGGACCAACGUUUGGUCGGGUCAAAACAUCCAGCAGUUCAACUCUCAGGCGAUAGCAUGGGGCGCACUGGCUCGCGAGCUCUUCUCUCCCAGUGCACAAUACUUCGCCAUCCCCCUCGGUUUACUCGUCGGCUUUUUCAUCCCGCUACCAACUUAUUUCCUACACCGAAAAUUCCCCAAGGUUCCACUACUUAGACACAUCAACACUCCAAUCAUCCUUGCGUACGCUGGCUUCUUGGCUGUCGGCGUAUCAUCUUACAUGAUGUCAUAUUUUGCAGUGGGACUUGUGAGCCAGUUGUGGCUGCGGAGACGACGUCCGGCUUGGUUCGCACGAUACAACUAUGUUUUGGCCGCCGCACUUGAUGGUGGAACCCAGGUUUUGGUCUUUGUUUUGACGUUCGCCGUGCUAGGCGGCACCGGGACGGCUGUGCCGUUCCCAAAGUAUUGGGGAAACAAUGCCGGUGGAAAUUUUGAUUAUUGUAUGAGGGAUCCAGCGGCGGCAGGUAUAAGCGCUGGCAUGGUCGACGACGAUUGA